AACCGUGUGCAUUUAUCCCGCUCCUCUCAAAAAGAUGACGUGGGCGAUUUGCUAUUUGGGGACUGUGGAUUCCAGACCCUCUUCAGAGCAGAGGGGUGGCUGGUCCUGGUCAUUCCGUACCCCAGUGCCUACACCUGAAGUUCCUGGUCACAGGGCCUUGGGUUCCCGCUGACACUAACCCUGUUUCCAGUCACAUCUCCUGCAAACACAGCUCCCUGUAGGCCUACAACUCUAUUUUGCUCGCUUCUGGGUUCAUGAAAGCUCGGCUGGGCAGCCUCCUAGUCCUUGCCACCUUGGUGACAGCAUCCAAUGCAGCGUGCUCUAUUCAAAGACUCAAGAGACUUCCAAACGAAAAGUCUGAUGAAUGUACAGAUGUAGACGGUGGCAAGCACGUCCUUAACACUUACUGGCAGAAGAACUGUGAGUGGUGUUUCUGUGAAAAAACUGCGAUCACCUGCUGCACCAACCAGAUUGGUGGGGCAUUUUCCAGCCCCUCGGAGACCCACCCUUGGAGUCUGGCGGCAGACCUGGAGCACUCCCUACCUUUAGGCGUAUUGAAGUCAACAGGCAGAAGUGAGGGCCUUCCAUCCAUGUCUGGAUUUAUCUUUCUGGCCUCUAGUAGGAUUCUGUCUUUCCUCGGUGGUAAAGAAGACCUGUAACAGUUACUAACAAGCAUCUCAAGUGGGAUGGUGAGAAAACAAGAGAAUCUUGAGAAUAGAGGUCCACUGAAGAGGACAAAUAGCAUUUAGUCACACAGCUAAACCAGGAGGACUUUCUUGGACAAAAAGGCCAUUGUACAAAUAAGCCCAAGCUUUGUCUAUGAAACAGAAAGGCGAGCAGAGAGGCAUCCGAUCUGUUAUCGACUAUCUCUCUAGACUUAGAUUUUCUCUCAAGGAGUAUCUCUCUUCAGUGUCAGCUCCUUGGCUUUGCCUCUCAAGAGAACCAGCCUCCAAAUGACACUAGGCUUCUAGUAACAACUAAUAACAAAAGGAUGGAGAGAGGUUAGAACCUGGGUGCUAGAUGCCAAGUGGCUGACAAAAGAAUUGUAACCAGUUCACCUGGGACUUUCAGGACCUCAGUAGCAGCCCUUUACCAAACUGUCUCACUGGGUUAAAGGCCCAUGGAAAAGAAAACAUUAAUCCUGACCUUGGCCACAGCCAAAGCUUGAAUUCUAAAUUUUGACUGGCAAAACAAAGUUCUUCACAGUUUGUUGUAGAUUCCCUUCGAAACUAUCUCAGGGGCUUCUCUGUCCCCCAACCUAGGGCAUUUUGAACACAGGGGCAGGAACUGGCUGCUGUGGGGAUAGGAUCAAAGGCACUCUCCAUGUCAAUGAUGACUAACAGGGAAGGUUACUUAAUGUUGGAGAUCAACUCCUCUCUUGGAAUAGGGCCAGCAGAUAAGGCAGGCUCCCUUAAAGAA